CCGGCAGCGAAGAUGUCGGCGCAGGGGGAUUGCGAGUUCCUGGUGAAGCGGGCCCGAGAGCUGGUGCCGGGGGACCUGUGGGCGGCCAAAGCCUGGCUCAUCACGGCACGGAGCCUCUACCCCGCCGACUUCAACAUACAGUAUGAGAUGUACACUAUUGAGAGGAAUGCUGAAAGGACAGCAUCUGCAGGCAGGCUGCUCUAUGACAUGUUUGUGAAUUUUCCAGACCAGCCUGCUGUAUGGAGAGAGAUCAGUGUUAUUACAUCAGCUCUAAGGAACGACUCACAGGACAAGCAGACACAGUUUUUAAGAGGAUUAUUUGAAACCCUUCCUGGUCGGGUGCAGUGUGAGAUGCUCUUGAAGGCCACAGAGCAGUGCUUUAACACAUUAGAAAGGGCAGAAAUGCUGCUGCUGCUACUGCGACGUUUCCCAGAGACUGUGGUGCAACACGGGGUAGGCCUUGGAGAAACCUUGUUAGAUGCUGAAAGUAUUGAAGACCAAGAAUCUCCGGUGAAUUGUUUUAGAAAAUUAUUUGUUUGUGAUGUUCUUCCUCUCAUAAUUAACAACCCAGAUGUUCGACUUCCUGCCAGCUUAUUAUAUAAAUAUCUGAAUAAAGCAGCAGAGUUCUAUAUUAACUAUGUCACUAGAUCUGCACAGACUGAAAGCCAGUAUCAAGGUUCCCAAGAUUCCUCUGACAUUAUGUCUCCAAGCAAGCGUAGCUCUCAAAAAUACAUAAUAGAUGGUCUUACAGAGAAAUCAUCCCAGAUUACAGACCCGUGGGAGAGGCUGUUUAAAAUCCUGUCUGUGGUGGGAAUGAGGUGUGAAUGGCAAAUGGAUAAGGGAAGAAGAAGUUUUGGUGAUAUUUUGCAUCGAAUGAAAGACCUCUGCAGGUACAUCAGUAACUUUGAUAGUGAUGCACAUGCUAAAUAUAAGAAUCAAGUAGUGUAUUCCACAAUGUUGGUCUUCUUUAAAAAUGCAUUCCAGUACGUCAGCAACAUCCAGCCAUCCCUCUUCCAAGGUCCAAAUGCUCCAAACCAAACCCCACUGGUUCUUCUGGAGGAUGUGACCAACAUCUAUGGCGAUACAGAUAUUGAUCGUGGCAAACAUGUACACAAAAAGAGGAAGCUUGCUGAAGGAAGAGAAAAAACAAUGAGCUCGGAUGAUGAGGAUCCUUCUGGGAAGGCACGUAGUCGCCACAUUACAGUGAACAAGGCAGAUCUUGCAAACUCUAUCGAAGUAUUAGAGAGCUUUAAACUGGCAAGAGAGAGCUGGGAGCUGCUCUACUCUCUGGAAUCACUUGACAAAGAGUUCACCAGAAUUUGUUUGUCAUGGAAGACAGACACCUGGCUUUGGUUAAGAAUCUUUCUUACAGACAUGAUCAUCUACCAGGGGCAGUACAAAAAAGCAAUUAGCAGCCUACAUCACUUGGCAGCUCUUCAGGGCUCUCACUCUCCACAGCAAAUUACAGGACAAGGAUCAUUGGAAAAUCAGAGAGCACUAAUCCAGUUAGCAACCUGCCACUUUGCCCUUGGAGAAUAUCGGCAAACAUGUGAAAAAGUUCUUGACCUCAUGUGCUGUAUUUUGCUUCCAAUACAAGAAGGAGGUAAAGUGCAAGAGGAGCAACCUAAAGUCAAGUCUAAAUUUAGGAAAGGGUCUGAUUUGAAGCUUUGGCCCUGUACCAGUAGAGCCAUCAUGCCUUACUGCCUUCACCUGUUGUUAGCUUGUUUCAAGCUCAGAGCUUUCACAGAUAACAGAGAUGAUAUGGCUCUGGGCCAUGUAGUUGUUCUGCUUCAGCAUGAGUGGCCAAGGGGUGAGAACUUGUUCCUGAAAGCCAUCAACAAAAUAUGCCAACAAGGAAAUUUCCAGUAUGAGAAUUUUUUCAACUAUGUCACAAAUAUUGAUAUGUUGGAGGAAUUUGCUUAUUUAAGAACACAGGAAGGAGGGAAAAUUCAUCUGGAACUGCUGCCAAAUCAAGCAAUGUUGAUCAAGACUUCUAGCCCUCCCAUGGGGUUGCUGCAGCAGGAAUUCAUACCUGUGCUACAGCCCAGCAUACAGACUGCUGACAGGCACCACACAGUUACCCGGGGCAUAACGAAAGGAGUGAAGGAAGAUUUCCGCCUGGCCAUGGAGCGCCAGGUCUCGCGCUGUGGAGAGAAUCUCAUGGUGGUCUUGCAUAGGUUCUGCAUUAAUGAGAAAAUACUGCUGCUUCAGACCCUUGCUUGAAUGGACUGGAUCGUGGUGCAGGAGAUCAUGAUUACAGAAAGAGGGGAAGGCUCUGGAGUGUGUGGACAGCAGCAUGGCAGUGAAAAACCACUUAUCCAGAGAGCCGAGUUCCCUGUGAGUUACAGGUUCUGCCGUACACAAACAUCACUGAGUGUUUGUUCUCCACUUAGUUUUCUUAUGUAGAUAAAUCAAACUUUAUAAAUAAACCUUUGUU